AUGGGAUCCAACGUGGAGCUGGUAUGGCCAGAGUCAGAGGCAUAUUCCUCACGGGUGAACAACUGCUCACAUGCAAAUUCAUCCCUAGCUGCAAUUCGAGCAAAAGUAGCGGGGCAAGGUGUGAAAGACUUGGAUGGACUGAGUUUCUUAAUAGGGUGCGACGUUGCUCAGUUCACUCGUCAGGAUUUCUGUUUGAUCACAAGGCUUCGUUUUGGGGAAGUGCCUGAAGUUUCCAGUAGAGAAAGUGAUGAAAUUAGACUUCAGAAAAGAUAUUUUAUAGACGAAGGAAUUACAUGUAAUGCUUUAGAAAAAGCAUUUCUGAGGUGCACAAAGGAAGAUGACAUCUACAAGCUAGCUCUUGUUUACUUUGCUGAGUUAGUGGUUUUGGGAAGGGACAAGCAUUUGAACAUCAAUCUAAAUUACCUGACCCUUGUAGAGGACUUGGAUGCGUUCAAACAGUAUGUGAAAAGCUUUGAAAAUGAAGAGGGAAGAGGGAAGGGGAAAAGUAAGGUAACGAGAACAAGCCGGAGAAAUGAGAAAGGCAAGAAGGAUAAGCAUGGUGAAGUGCAAAGGGGUGGCUGGAGUUUUAAAGGUUUCACGUAUGCUUUCCAGUCAGUUCAGUUGCGGGCGCUAUGUCCAAGUGAAGAGGAAAUGAGACAACCAUAUUGGAGUUGGCCACAGGAUCGCCCUGUUGUUGUCUCGGCAGAGUCAAUUCCUUCUUCAUGUGCUGACCUUGAUGAGUUGAACAAGGCGGUAAUCUUGUUGAGGUCCAAGUUGUUUCAAGUAAAGCGGGAAAAUGACGUCCUUGAGUUAAAGGUCAUACGGAUGGAAAAAAAUUUGGACCAUUGUUUAGGUCCUCAUUUUGAGCAGGAAGUGAGAAGGGACAUAGCUUUACUGAAAAAGAGGACGAAUCGUUGUGUCGUGUCACAUCUAUUUAAGGGAUAUGAGGAAGUGGAUGGCAUGCAAUGGGACGAAGGGCCAAGUAACAGAAAUAAGGGAGACGAAAAUGAAGAGGAGGACAUUGAAGGGGGUGAAUGGCCAAAUAACAGAAAUGAGGGAGAGGAAAAGGAAGAGGAGGGGAUUGAAAGGGGUGAAGGGGCAAGUAAGAGAAAUGAGGGAGAGGAAAAGGAAGAGGAGGGGAUUGAAGGGGGUGAAGGGGCAAGUAAGAGAAAUGAGGGAGAGGAAAAGGAAGAUGAGGGGAUUGAAGGGGGUGAAGUGCAAAGAAAACCAAGUGAGGUAGAGGAAGCUCAAAGGAAAAGAAGUGAGGGAGAGCAAGUGAAAAUAAAAAGCAGCAAGGGAGAGGAAGUGCAAAGAAAGAGCAUUGAGGGAGAGGAAGUGAAAAGAAAAAGCAAUGAGGGAGAGGAACUGCAAAAAAAGCAGUGA